AAAUGCACAAGCCGUGCGAAGCCAUUUAGAAAAAAAAGUGUCAUAUAACAUCUGUGGUUUCUGAUUGCUUGUUUGUUGUGCAGUUAUUAUUAUUUUACUUUUUUUAAUACCCACUUACCACCUAUUGGUGACCAGAUUAUGGGUAAUGCAGGAAGUAAUCAGGCUAAAGAAUGGCACCGAGAAACUGUUGCUAAGGUGCCUGAUGUUGGUCCAUCAUCCCCCGUAAAAGAAGGGGAAGCUUUUACUUUCGAUAAAAAAUUGGACGAUACGCGUGGAGGUCGAGACGAAGAUAGUACUAUUGAAGAUGGAGCACCAUAUUAUACAAAAGCCGUACCUGAAAGCGAGGAAGAAUACAGUGCUCCGCGAGAAAGGUCAAACACUCUUACAGAAAGUAACAAAGAUAUUGAUGAAUUAAAGGUGUUACCCACUGUUUUCAAAUGGGAAGGAGGUGGAAAGCAGGUUUACAUAUGUGGCACAUUUACUGACUGGAAAACUAUUCCUAUGGUAAAAUCUCAUGGGGAUUUUGUUACCAUUAUUGAUCUGCCAGAAGGAGAACAUCAAUACAAAUAUUUUGUAGAUGGAGAAUGGCGUCAUGACCCCACUGUGAAAGUAAUAGACAAUGGCAUGGGAUCCAAAAAUAACUUGGUCACAGUGAAGAUGUCUGACUUUGAAGUAUUUCAAGCUCUCGCUAAAGAUAGUGAAGGGAUACACAGCAGUGCCCAAACUGAGUAUUCUCAGUCCAAACAUUGAUACAGAACAAAACAUGGAGGGGAUAGCUGCGCACGGGUACGACUGGAGAGCCAAUCGGCGCACCUCGUUUCGUCCCAAGACAUUUUAAUUUAUACUUCUGCGCAGUAACAGUCAGCACUAGAGUUUCGUGCCGUGACUUAUAAUGGCACAUACGUUGACGAGCAUGAUUUAUUUUCUAUUACUGGAUGCCUGUGAAUUCAUCUGCAUAAUAAAGAUUUCUAUUCAAACUUAUCUCCCCCUACUUCAAACAAGAGCUAGCCAAAUGUCCAUUCCAUAUUUGCCUUUAUUAAUCCCCUUUAUCUCUUCAAAUAAAAUCAUCAAAUUUUAUUUUUGCUUUUACCUUCAUAUUACACUCGGGAGAUAAAAGAAUACUAGCGCCUUUGUUUAGAAACUAAAUGUUUCGUCUUGUUGAGUGGAGGACACUGCAACAUGUAUUUGAAACAAUGUAUGUACUUUUGUUUAUAAACUGUAUACAGAGAGGAUGCAACAUUGUGAAACACUGUUUAUAAACAGUGUUUAUAACCAAAUAAUGCUUAAUGAACACCUAAUCUGAUAUUUUACGAAUUUUGAUAAACUUUUUUAUUUUUUAGGAAAUACCACAGUCUAAACCAUGGGAAAAGGUAUCUGGGCCCCCUAUAUUGCCACCACAUUUACUGCAAGUCAUAUUAAAUAAAGACACACCACUAUCAUGUGAACCAACAUUAUUACCAGAACCGAACCAUGUGAUGUUGAACCACCUCUAUGCUUUAUCUAUAAAAGAUGGAGUCAUGGUAUUAUCUGCCACGCAUAGAUAUAGAAAGAAGUAUGUCACCACUCUUCUUUACAAGCCCAUCUAAAU